AUGGGCAACGCGAGCCCAGCCUGUGCGUCCAAGCUGAGUUGCGGCCAAGUGGAAGCGCAGCGGCCUGAUCCGGAGGAGGAAGAGGAGGAUCCUCAGUACGACGGCUCCGAGCGGGUCGAUCGCUCCGGUCUGGGCUCGAAAGACUCGCGGCGGAACGCGCGCUCCGUUCAGGAUGAUCGUGCUGGGACACCAUCCAUCUCUCGGGCAGCUGUCCAGGCGGCGGCCAAGCUCGAGACGCGGGUGGCGGGGCCGACGAUGUCCAUGGAGGACGCGCGCUCCGUGGAAGACCCCGUGAUGGUCGAGUCCGAGCUACUGGUGCAGGCAAAGCCGGCGAAGGGGCCGCAAAAGAAGCUGCAACUGCCUCCUGGCGCGAUCAUCAAACAGGUGCAUGAGAUUGAGGUCUCCUCGUCAGAUAGUGAUACCUCGGGUGGCACAAUGGCCAGUAAGAAGAGUCGCACGCCCAAGCGAAGAGCCUGGAAGCGGCUGAGCAUCACCGAGACAAUGCCGGUGAGUCCGUCGAGUGCGCUGCAAAUUGUCAUCAACAACCCAGGGAAGUUGGAGUCCUUUUACUCCUUGGACAAGGGGAAGAUCCUGGGGAAGGGAAGUUUCGGAGUGGUGAAGCGCGCCUACGUGUCUGCCACCAUGGCGCAGCGCGCCGUGAAGUUCAUUGCCAUCGAGCGAAUGAAGGAGAAGCUCAAUGUCCUGAAGCAGGAGAUUGAGAUCAUGAAGAUGGUGGAUCAUCCCAACAUCAUCAUGCUCUAUGAGAUCUUUGAGGAUCAGCAGUACCUUUGCCUGGUGAUGGAGCUGUGUUCCGGAGGUUCUUUGCUGAGCCGUUUGAAGUUCUCGGGGCACUUUAGCGAGGAGCACACGGCCAUGGCCAUGCGGCAGAUCCUUCGCGCUGUCUUUUACCUCCACAGGAAUUGGAUCUGCCACAGGGAUCUCAAGGCCGAAAAUGUCUUGGUCUCGACCGGUGAAGUCCUGGACAAGACGCUUCUGAAGGUCUCCGAUUUUGGGCUCUCCUGUCCCUUCAGGCCGAAGCAAGUGCUCACGGAGAAGGUUGGGACGCUGACUCACAUGUCGCCUGAGGUGCUGGACCGGAAGUGCCCACAUGGAGCGGCGCUGGCAGCGCAGCAGCUCCCGCCGGAUGCCACGCCGCUAGAGCAGCGAAAGCUCUUGGCCUUGCUGAAGGCUGAGGUGCUGCAGCGGCUGAAUGGUGAUGCGAGAUCCGCGGCUCCAGUACCUCCCAAAGCAGGUGGACCCACGGCGCUGAGCGCGGCGCCGGUGGUGGUGCCGGCGGUGAGACAAGGACAUCAGCCACAAGUGGUGCCAGCCAUGCAAAGUCCUCAUGUGGUGCCUCCGCUGCAGUCGCCUCACGCGGCUGUGCCGGCCGCGCCGCACGUGGUGUCACCGGCACAGUCGCCUCACGUGGUGUCACCUGCCCAGUCACCUGCCUUUAUGGACACGGCAGGCCCCAGCACCAUCCCGCCGCGCGUGCCCCCUGCCACCGCAGCUCCGGCCACUGCCGGUGCGUCGGUCGCGGCGGGUCCUCCGGUGGUGCCCAAGCCACCGAAGCCGCAGGCUUCACCUGGAACUUCCGCACCAAGCUCUGGAAACUCCGCGGCUCCAAGCUGGAAGUCCGACCCCUUCGUGCUGCUGGGGGACGUCGCCUGGUUUCCCGCGCCGAAGAAGCGAGGGAUGGUGCGACCUCCAGGUGAGCAAGCUCAGGCUCCUCCGGCUCAGCCAGCCUUGGAGGAGGAGAAGGAGGCGCUCUCCUUCUUACAAAGGGUCACCAUGCUCAUGGGCUGUGAGCUUACUGAGCAGAUGCGCGAGGACCUCUGGGCGGCGGCCUUUUCCGAAGCCGCCCGACUGCUGAUGGCCAUUUGCGGCUUCAUGUGCGAAGGGAGUUGUCCUCCAAUGCUCCGCGGUAACGUCGUGACCCGGGCGCCAUACUUGCCGGCGUGGCAAGGGGUGGUACCACACAUGGUCCUGAGAGAGUGGUUCGAUGGAAGCGAGGCCACCUCAUUGCUUCAUUUCUACGGGUCGUCGCUGCUGCGCCAGGCCUUCGACUCGGCGGACCGCCCCAAGCAAGGGCACUUCCUCACCUUGCUGAGCCGCAGUGCUCAGGUGGAGGCCUUCCGUCCGGGCAGUCGCGGCUUUCUCCGGAGUGCCUGGCGCCCAAUCUUCGAUCGCUACCCCGAGCUGCUGCUCUUUCGUCAGCUGCUGGCGCACUUCAAGCGCCGUUGCUGGGAGGAUGCCAGGGACCGGAGCCGCAGCAGGAGCCCGAGACGGAAGGAGCAGCGGCUUCCCAGCGGGAAGCCACAAGAGGAGGAGGGUCUUCGCUUCAUCCUGAAGAAGACAGGGAACCUGGACGAGGAGGAGAUCACCCAGUACUUUCAGCACUUUGGGCGCGUCGUCAGCUGCAAUGUCCUGCGAGAUAAGCGGACAAAGAAGUCCCGCGGCGUGGCCUUUUGCACUCUCAGGCCGGAGGGCUUCUACCAGGGCCAAGCCAUCACUGAAGAGUCCAUGAAGGAAUGGAUUCUUCAAGAGACCCACAUCGUGGGGCACAUGAAGCUGGAGAUCACGGAAGCUGAGGUGAAGCAAGAGAAGGAGGACGAUGAAGAUAAGAAGCGCGAGGAGCGCGUGGAGGAGCGGCGCCGCUCGCGUGUGGAGAAGGAACAGCGGCAGCUGCGCACACUGGGUGGUGCUGCUUCGCUUUCAGAGAAAGGCGAAGAGAGGUUAGUCUCGAGCCACUGGUUCCGCCGAUGGCGGCAGAACUUGUGGGAGUCCUUGCCCAAGGGCACUCCAGUGGUCUGGGCUGAGCCCUGUGUGACGUCCUUAUGCUCGGCCAUUUGGAGCGAGGUGGCCGAGCACGCGGUUCGGAUGGGUGACCGGGCGGUGCAGGAAGCUCUGAUGCUCUUUCAAGACCCAACGCAGGACGGUCGUUGGAGCUUCGUCCCAGCGGCCGAGCUGGUGCUGACCAUCGGAGAAGGCCUGGUGGGCCUUACGGCCUUGGGUCUUUUCGUGUGGCCCGCGUGGCAGGACCCGGUGCCGCCCCGCUCGGCGACCGAGCUCGCCCUGUCCACCAAGCCCAACUUCGUGCCGACGCCGGUGCCACCCACGGGCGUGGCGCUGGCGGCGCUGAACGCCAUGGCAUCGGUGGGUGGGGCACCGAUACCGAUGGCGGUGCAGAUGGGUAGCAUUCCGAAAGGAUCUGACCAUUUGAAGAUCUUCGUGGGUGGAUUGCCACACCAUUGCACCCUUGAAAUGCUGGGCAAUUACUUUAGUCAAUACGGCCGCAUCACCGACGCGGUGGUCAUGAUGGACAAAACCACAGGAAAGCCACGCGGUUUUGGCUUUGUAGUCUUUGAGCAUGUCUCAUGCGUGGAAGCGGCCAUCGCAGACUAUGGGAAGCACGCCAUUGAUGGCAAGUGGAUUGAUGUGAAGAAGGCCACACCUCAGGACCUGGGCGCUUUUCAGCUUCGAGCGGAGGAAGGCGCCCCCUCGCCGGAGCGCCAAGGCUUCCGUGAAGGCGAAGGUGUUCCAGGCGUGCCCGCUGCUGGCGCGCGACCUGCGCUGCCUGUGCCCGGACUCAGCCCAACUUCUACAGAAUCGAUGCCACCCGUGGCCGUUGCAGGUGGUGCGCCUGUGAACCACUUCCAAGAGGUUCCACCACCCACCAGCAGCCCGAGUCCAGGAGUGGUGUCCUUUCAAGAAGUGCCGCCACGGGAAGCGAGCCCACCAGGCCAUGCUUCGCCACCGAGCUUCAACCAAGUUCCACCUCCGCGCGAGUAG